GGUUACUGUCCUCUCAGAUGUGCAGUUUGAACCACUCUGCCACAUGUUUUGGAGAUCAGCUCAAACCAGUUCCGCCUCUGGGAAAGUGAAACUCAAGACAGUCAUCAUUACCGAGAGGUGAAAUGGCGCAGCAAGAAAAUCAGCUGGACCGAGACAGAAUCUGUUGUUCGAUCUGUUUGGAUCCACUGAAGGAUCCAGUGGCUCUUUCUUGUGGACACAACUACUGUAUGAACUGUAUUAAAAACCACUGGGACACAGAGGACGGGAAGAUGGUCUACAGCUGCCCUCUGUGUAGAGAGACCUUCGCACCAAGGCCUAAACUGAUGAAAAACACCAUGUUGGAAGAUUUAGUAGAGGAGGUGAAGAAGACUGGACUCCAAGCUGCUCCUGCUGAUCACUGCUAUGCUGGAGCUGAAGAUGUCGCCUGUGAUGUCUGCACAGUGAGGAAACUGAAAGCUCUCAAGUCCUGUUUGGUUUGUUUGGCCUCUUACUGUGAGGAACACCUCCAGCCUCAUUAUCAAUCACCUCCAUUAAAAAAACACAACCUGCUGGACCCCUCCAAGAAGCUGAAGGAGAACAUCUGCCCUUGUCACGAUGAGGUGAUGAAGAUGUUCUGCCGCACAGAUCAGCAGUGUAUCUGUUAUCUCUGCUCUGUGGAACAGCAUAAAGGCCACGACAUAGUCUCAGCUGCAGCAGAAAGGACACACAGGCAGAAAGAGCUGGGGCUGAUUGUAAAAGAAAUCCAGCAGGGACUUGUGGACAGAGAUGUAGAUGUGAUGGUGCUUGAACAGCAGGUGAGGGCUGUCAAUCGUUCUGCCGAUAAAGCAGUGAAGGACAAUGAGAAGAUCAUCAAUGAGGUGAUGCAUCUCCUGCAGAAAAUAAGCUCUGAUGUGAAACUCCAGAUCAGAUCCCAACAGAAAACUGAAUUGAGUCGAGUCAGAGAUCUUCAGGAGAAGCUGUGGCAGGAGAUCACUGAGCUGAAGAGGAGAGAAGAUGAACUGAAGCAGCUCUCACUCACACAGGACCACAACCAGUUUCUCUUCAACUACCACUCACUGUCAGCGCUCAGUCCUUCUACACACUCAUCCAGCAUCAAUGUCUGUCCUCCGAGAUACUUUGAGGACAUGACAGCAGCUGUGUCAGAGUUCAUGGGUCAACUACAGGAUGUCCUGACUGAGACAUGGAAUCAUAACUCACCGACAGAGAAUCAAGUGGACGUUUUUCUGUCACAACCAGAGCCAAAGACCAGAGCUGAAUUCCUCAGAUAUUCACAGGAAAUCACAUUGGAUCCAAACACAGCAAACACAUAUCUGUUAUUGUAUGGGGGAAACAGAAAAGUAAAAGUCAUGAAAGAAGAACAGUCUUAUUCUAGUCGACCAGACAGAUUCACUGAUGUGUGUCAGGUCCUGAGUAGAGAGAGUCUGACUGGCCGUUGUUACUGGGAGGUUGAGUGGAGAGUUAGUGUUGGUGUUGCGGUCACAUACAAGAAUAUCAGCAGGACAGGAGACUCAGAUGAAUGUGUAUUUGGAUUAAGUGACAAAUCUUGGGUAUUCUAUUGUUUACACGACCGUUGCUACUUGGCUCACAACAGGAUCAGCACUAAAGUCUCAGAUAAUUUGUCUUCCAGAGUAGGCAUGUACCUGGAUCACAGUGCAGGUAUUCUGUCCUUCUACAGUGUCUCUGACACCAUGACUCUCCUCCAUAGAGUCCAGACCACAUUCACUCAGCCUCUCUAUGCUGGAGUUCGUCUUUAUUAUUAUUAUCCUGGAAUCACAGCCAAAUUCUGUGAACUGAAAUAGUCUGUAGCAGUGAGUUUAAAUCUGUAACAUCUCUGGUCACAUUUCUGAAAUUACCUGUUGGGUGGGUACUUUGGUGACUUGCCAUGUCUUGUUUGUCAAGACUUGUUUUUUCUCUUCCACAACAUGAGAGAAGUCACCAGACCUUCAUUUCUCACAGUUUUCUUCUCUCGUUGUGAAAACAGAGGUCAGUAACCACACUUAACUACAGUUGAAACAAUUAUUAAUCAGUUACUAAAUGAAUUGUCAUUCAUUUUGAUAAUCUAUUAAUUGGUUUGAAGCUUUUUUUCAUGAUUAAAACAAUAU